ACUACCAAACAGUGCAAAAUGAAUCGUUUAUUUGGUAAAUCCAAGCCGAAAGAGCCCGGUCCAAGUAUCAGUGAUUGUAUCAGUGGAGUUGAUGCACGAGCGGAAACAAUCGAGGGCAAAAUUAAAACGCUGGAUAACGAACUUCGCAAAUACAAGGACCAAAUGGCGAAGAUGCGUGAAGGUCCGGCCAAGAACGCGGUCAAACAGAAAGCCAUGCGCGUGCUGAAGCAACGUAAACAGUACGAAAGUCAGGUGGAAAACCUACGGAACCAAUCGUUCAACAUGGAGCAAGCGAACUUUGCCCACCAAACGCUGAAGGAUACACAAGCGACGGUAGCGGCCAUGAAGGAUGGCAUGAAGUCGAUGAAGAAAGAGUUCAAGAAGAUUAACAUCGAAGAAAUCGAGGACAUACAGGACGAUAUGGCUGACAUGCUGGAACAGGCGGACGAAGUGCAGGAAGCGAUGGGCCGCACGUAUGGCAUGCCGGAACUGGAUGAUGAUGAGCUGCAGGCGGAACUGGAUGCGCUUGGUGAUGAGAUCGCACUCGACGAUGAUGCUAGCUAUCUGGACGAUGUCGUGAAAGCGCCGGAAGCUCCCGAUAAGGAACCAGGUGCGGACAGUGUCACCAACAAGGACGGCAUACUGGUGGACGAGUUUGGGCUGCCAAAGAUUCCUGCAUCCGUCAAGACAACCUAAGCUUG